UCAUUAACUAUUUUAGUUGAUCCUAAUCAAUUGCAACUGGAUUACCAGAUGACCCAACUACAACCGGGGGAUUUUACCGGAACUGCCCUACAACCGGAUUUCUACCGAAUGACCCAAUUACAACCAGGGAUUUUACCGGAACUGUUUUCAAUCGGAGUUUCACCGGAG